ACAGGGAAAUCUUUCGUCAAAGGAAGUGUCAGUCAAUGCAGCAAACUUCACUGUUAUCUUAUUUUAAGAAAUUGCCACAGCCACCCCAACCUUCAGCAACCACCACCCUGGUCAGUCAGCAGCCAUCAACAUCGAGGCAAGACCUUCCUCCAGCAAAAAGAUUACAACUCGCUGAAGUCUCAGAAGAUGAUUAGCACUUUUUAGCAAUAAAGUAUUUUUAAAUUAAGGUGGACAAUGAGCAUCACAGACGUUCUCAGCGCUGAUGACAUUGCAGCAGCCCUGCAGGAGUGCCAAGACCCAGAUACUUUUGAACCCCAAAAAUUCUUCCAGACUUCAGGCCUCUCUAAGAUGUCAGCAAACCAGGUGAAGGACGUUUUCCGGUUCAUAGACAACGACCAGAGUGGAUACCUGGAUGAAGAAGAGCUUAAGUUUUUCCUCCAGAAGUUUGAGAGUGGUGCUAGAGAACUGACCGAGUCAGAAACCAAGUCCUUAAUGGCUGCUGCAGAUAAUGAUGGAGACGGAAAAAUUGGGGCUGAAGAAUUCCAGGAAAUGGUGCAUUCUUAAAGGCCCCAGUCUAUGGAGACACAGAAAAGAGAGAAAGGGACAGGACAGACAGCUGGAAGACCUCCAAAGCCCCAGGAAUGGGACCCAUCCCCACACCCC